AUUUCAUUCAAUUCAAUCAUACUAGAAGCAGAGCGUGAAGCGUGUAUUUGUAAAAGAUGGCAGGACCGGCUUCAGUCGCUGGUGAUGUUUUUGUCGAUGCUCUGCCUUAUUUCGACCAGGGUUAUGAUGCUCCAGGGGUCAGAGAAGCCGCAGCUGCUUUGGUGGAGGAAGAGACGAGACGAUACAGACCAACCAAGAACUAUUUGAGCUACCUUCCCACACCAGAUUUCUCUGCUUUUGAGACCGAGAUCAUGAGGAAUGAAUUUGAGAGACUGUCAGCUCGUCAACCCAUGGAGCUGCUCAGUAUGAAGAGAAACAGUAACUUGGCCUUAAUGAUUGAAAAUGCGCAAAAGGAACUGCAGAAGGCUAGAAAGCAGAUACAGGAUCUGAACUGGCAGCGCAAAAACGAUCAGCUGGCUGGAGGAGCCAAACUACGAGAACUUGAGUCAAACUGGGUGUCUCUCGUUAGUAAGAACUAUGAGAUUGAGCGAGCCAUCAUACAGCUGGAGAACGAAGUGGCACAGAUGAAACAGCAACAGGGUGAUGAGAACAAAGAGAAUAUUCGACAGGACUUUUAAAUAAUGAAAACGGUUUAAGACCAUCUUGAAACUGUCAGACUUUGCUAAAGCAAAGGAUCACCAAAGUGUGAUGUUGUGUUUCUUGUUUUGUUCCGUUUUUGUGACGAACAGAGAAAAUAGUCUUUGUAAAACACAAAUGAGCAAUAGUGUUGUAGUGCAAACAGAGGGUAAGCUGGUGUAUAGUUCAUGAUUUUGCACCAAAAAUAAACAAGAUGUCCAUUUCAAUUCUGGAAAUCAGUAACUCACAUUUGUUUACUGUAUACAUAAAGUAGUUAAUGUGGGUGUGUUGACAUUUAUAACAAUUUUGUGUUUAUGUACGAUUACCUGGUGGACACUUAGUUCAUCUU